UCAGCUGCAUUUUAAAUUUUGACAUUUGCCACAUUGCCUUAUUCAAUUGCUGGAGUACCAAUAUUUAUAAUUUCACAAAUAUUAAUCAACAUUAUAGAAAAAGAAAGAUGACGGACCAAGAAUUGCUAACACAAUUCCAGUUGCUGGGCAUGAGCGAGCAAAAGGCCAAAGAAACGCUAAAGAAUGCGAAUGUGACGAAAAAUUUGCAACUGGCACUAGCUGAGGUGAAGGGUGCUCUACUCGGUGAAGGUGUUGGCAUGUUGCUUUAUCACAUGGCUAGUAAAAUCAAGCCGCAAAACGCUCAUGAAUUGCCAUUAGUAACUCGAUACAUUGUUGACCGCAAAUUAGAUACGACUUUGAGAGUGGAGGCAGCACUUGAAUAUUUAUUGAAAAAUGUUCAAAAGAAAGGAGCUUCUGUUAAUCUAAAAGAGUUUGAUGAAUUUUGUGGAGUAGGUGUGGUUGUCACUCCGGAAGAGAUCGAGCGUAUAGUGCAAGAACAAAUAAAAUUGCACAAGGAUGUCCUCCUGGAGCAGCGUUAUCACUUCAAUGCAUUUAAAAUUAUGCAAGAAGUGCGUGCCCAGCUCAAAUGGGCUGAUGCGAAAUCUGUCAAAUCCGCCAUUGACGUUGAGAUAUUCGAUUUACUUGGUCCAAAGACUGAGGAAGAUUUGAAACCACCACCAAAACCUGAAAAGAAGAAAGAAAAAACAAAAACGGCUACAGUGACGAAGGCUAGCAAUGAAUCGGCAUCGAAUUCGGCCAAUGAUAAUUUGGAAAGCAGUGAUGGUGCUUCUACUAUCGCUGAACUAAUGAAGACAAAAGUACAUUUGCAUGCACCCGGGGAAAAUUAUAAAACUGAUGGUUAUGUGGUAACAGAGCAUACUGAACGCUUAUUGAAGGAACACCUCAAACAGACAGGUGGUCGGGUACAAACUCGUUUUCCGCCUGAACCCAACGGUAUUCUUCAUAUUGGCCACGCAAAGGCUAUUAACAUCAAUUUUGGUUAUGCAGCUUCGAAAGGUGGCAUUUGCUACCUACGUUAUGAUGAUACAAACCCUGAGAAAGAAGAAGAGAAAUUCUUUGUCGGCAUACGCGACAUGGUCGAGUGGUUGGGCUAUAAGCCUUACAAAGUAACACACUCUUCAGACAACUUCCAACAGCUGUACGACUGGGCUUUAGUACUUAUACGCAAAGGAUUAGCGUAUGUGUGUCACCAGACAGCCGAUGAAAUGAAGGGAUUUAACCCAAAACCUAGUCCAUGGCGUGAACGUCCUAUUGAAGAGUCAUUGCAGUUGUUCGAGGAUAUGAAAAACGGAAAAAUUGAUGAAGGUGCAGCAACACUACGUCUAAAGCUAACUUUAGAAGAGGGUAAAAUGGAUCCAGUUGCUUACCGCAUUAAAUUUAUACCUCAUCACCGUACCGGAAAUGACUGGUGCAUUUAUCCUACAUAUGACUACACUCACUGCCUAUGUGAUUCCAUCGAAAACAUUACUCAUUCACUUUGUACCAAGGAGUUCCAAUCAAGACGUUCUUCUUAUUAUUGGCUUUGUAAUGCUCUGGAAAUAUAUUGCCCAGUUCAAUGGGAGUACGGUCGACUGAACAUGAACUACGCUCUUGUAUCGAAACGCAAAAUAGCUAAGCUCAUCACCGAACGUAUCGUCAAUGAUUGGGAUGAUCCACGGUUGUUCACGCUAACUGCAUUACGUCGUCGUGGCUGUCCCUCGGAAGCGAUCAAUAACUUUUGUGCUCAAAUGGGCGUCACAGGCGCUCAGAUGUCGGUAGAUCCUAGUAUGCUGGAGGCGUCAGUGCGAGAUGUACUUAAUAUAACUGCGCCGCGAAGACUUGUGGUUCUGGAGCCACUUAAAAUAACUCUCGCCAAUUUCCCAUAUGAACAGUCCGUAGAAAUAGAUGUACCUAACUUUCCGCAAAACCCCGAGUUAGGUAGUCAUCGGAUUGUAUUAGACCGUGUAAUUUAUAUAGAAAGAAGUGAUUUCAAAGAGGAGCCUGAAAAGGGAUAUCGCCGCCUAUCUUUAAAUCAAACUGUUGGGCUGAGGCACGGCGGUUUGGUUAUAUCGGUUAAAGAGGUGAACCGUGAUCCGCAAACUGGAGCCGUACUUGAACUUACUUGCGAUUGCAUACAGGCCGAGAAGGCAGAAAAACCGAAGGCAUUUAUACAAUGGGUUUCUCAGCCAAUCAAAUUAGAAGUAAGGAUUUACGAACUCCUCUUUAAGCAUAAAAAUCCAGAAGACACAAAUGAAGUACCUGGUGGGUUCCUUUCCGAUAUAAAUCAAAAUUCCUUGACCGUUUUGGAAGCAUAUGCUGAUCGCGCAUUGUCCAGCGUAAAGGUGUACGACAAAUUUCAAUUUGAACGAAUUGGAUUCUUUUCAGUAGAUCCUGAUACUACGAAAGACCAUAUUGUGUUUAAUCGCACAGUGGGAUUGAAGGAAGAUGCUGGCAAGAAAUGAUAAUUUAACUUAAAAACUCUUCAAUAAAGUCGUGAUGCUCCAAAAAAAAGAUGAUAACAUAUUGCA